AUGGAUGGAACUCCAGGAACUCUAGGAACUCCAGGAUCGGAUGGAACUCCAGGAUCGGAUGGAACUCCAGGAACUCCAGGAUCGGAUGGAACUCCAGGAUCGGAUGGAACUUCAGGAAAUCCAGGAUCGGAUGGAACUCCAGGAACUCCAGGAUCGGAUGGAACUCCAGGAACUCCAGGAUCGGAUGGAACUCCAGGAAAUCCAGGAUCGGAUGGAACUCCAGGAUCGGAUGGAACUCAAGGAACUCCAGGAUCGGAUGGAACUCCAGGAACUCCAGGAUCGGAUGGAACUCCAGGAAAUCAAGGAUCGGAUGGAACUCCGGGAAAUCCAGGAUCGGAUGGAACUCCAGGAUCGGAUGGAACUCAAGGAACUCCAGGAUCGGAUGGAACUCCAGGAACUCCAGGAUCGGAUGGAACUCCAGGAAAUCAAGGAUCGGAUGGAACUCAAGGAAAUCCAGGAUCGGAUGGAACUCCAGGAAAUCCAGGAUCGGAUGGAACUCCAGGAUCGGAUGGAACUCAAGGAACUCCAGGAUCCGAUGGAACUCCAGGAAAUCCAGGAUCGGAUGGAACUCAAGGAAAUCCAGGAUCGGAUGGAACUCCAGGAACUCCAGGAUCGGAUGGAACUCCAGGAACUCCAGGAUCGGAUGGAACUCCAGGAAAUCAAGGAUCGGAUGGAACUCCAGGAACUCCAGGAUCGGAUGGAACUCCAGGAAAUCAAGGAUCGGAUGGAUCUCCAGGAACUCCAGGAUCGGAUGGAACUCCAGGAACUCCAGGAUCGGAUGGAACUCCAGGAAAUCCAGGAUCGGAUGGAACUCCAGGAAAUCAAGGAUCGGAUGGAACUCCAGGAACUCCAGGAUCAGAUGGAUCUCCAGGAACUCCAGGAUCGGAUGGAACUCCAGGAAAUCCAGGAUCGGAUGGAACUCCAGGAAAUCAAGGAUCGGAUGGAACUCCAGGAACUCCAGGAUCGGAUGGAACUCCAGGAACUCCAGGAUCAGAUGGAACUCCAGGAACUCCAGGAUCAGAUGGAACUCCAGGAAAUCAAGGAUCGGAUGGAACUCCAGGAACUCCAGGAUCGGAUGGAACUCCAGGAACUCCAGGAUCAGAUGGAACUCCAGGAACUCCAGGAUCGGAUGGAACUCCAGGAAAUCAAGGAUCGGAUGGAACUCCAGGAACUCCAGGAUCGGAUGGAACUCCAGGAACUCCAGGAUCAGAUGGAACUCCAGGAACUCCAGGAUCGGAUGGAAGUCCAGGAAAUCCAGGAUCGGAUGGAACUCCAGGAAAUCAAGGAUCGGAUGGAACUCCAGGAACUCCAGGAUCGGAUGGAACUCCAGGAACUCCAGGAUCAGAUGGAACUCCAGGAACUCCAGGAUCGGAUGGAACUCAAGGAAAUCCAGGAUCGGAUGGAACUCCAGGAACUCCAGGAUCGGAUGGAACUCCAGGAAAUCCAGGAUCGGAUGGAACUCCAGGAAAUCCAGGAUCGGAUGGAACUCCAGGAAAUCCAGGAUCGGAUGGAACUCCAGGAACUCCAGGAUCAGAUGGAACUCCAGGAAAUCAAGGAUCGGAUGGAACUCCAGGAACUCCAGGAUCGGAUGGAAUUCCAGGAUCGGAUGGAACUCCAGGAUCGGAUGGAACUCAAGGAAAUCCAGGAUCGGAUGGAAUUCCAGGAUCGGAUGGAACUCCAGGAACUCCAGGAUCGGAUGGAACUCCAGGAACUCCAGGAUCGGAUGGAACUCCAGGAAAUCCAGGAUCGGAUGGAACUCAAGGAAAUCCAGGAUCGGAUGGAAUUCCAGGAUCGGAUGGAACUCCAGGAACUCCAGGAUCGGAUGGAACUCCAGGAAAUCCAGGAUCGGAUGGAACUCCAGGAGAUCCAGGAUCGGAUGCUCCAGGAACUCCAGGAUCGGAUGGAACUCCAGGAAAUCCAGGAUCGGAUGGAACUCCAGGAAAUCCAGGAUCGGAUGGAACUCCAGGAAAUCCAGGAUCGGAUGGAACUCCAGGAACUCCAGGAUCGGAUGGAACUCCAGGGAAUCCAGGAUCGGAUGGAACUCCAGGAAAUCCAGGAUCGGAUGGAACUCCAGGAAAUCCCGGAUCGGAUGGAACUCCAGGAAAUCCAGGAUCGGAUGGAACUCCAGGAAAUCCAGGAUCGGAUGGAACUCCAGGAAAUCCAGGAUCGGAUGGAACUCCAGGAACUCCAGGAUCGGAUGGAACUCCAGGAACUCAAGGAUCGGAUGGAACUCCAGGAACGGAUGGAACUCCAGGAAAUCCAGGAUCGGAUGGAACUCCAGGAACGGAUGGAAAGGAUGGAAAAGAUGGAAAGGAUGGACUUACUGGACCGCAGGGACUUACUGGACCGCAGGGACUUACUGGACCGCAGGGACUUGCUGGACCACAAGGACCACCAGGAAAAGAUGGUAAAUUUGAUAUACGUGUCCAUCUGUAUGUUGAGAAAGGGAAACUAAGAAUAGGCAAAAUUGUAUCUAAGACAUAA